AUGGCUUCGAAAGAGCCCGGAAGGAAAGCCCCUGUCACUACUCGCCGGUCGACGCGUAAGAAAAGCCCAGCGGCCGACGCGAAGCGCGCCCUGGCUCCAGCUACAGCUGCUGCUCCGAUUACCAAGUCAGCUACUACCGCCGUACUUGGGUCUCCUGUCAGCGACGCGUCGACAGCGUCCCGAUGUACCCCAACCCCCGCGCCAGACCCCAACGCCGAUAUCCUGUUGCAAAUGCUGUCGAACAUGGCAACGUCCCCUGCCAAGUGCACGCCCAAAGUGGUCAUUUCGCUCGUGUCACCUGCAGCCGACGAAAAGCGGGGCGCUCCCUCGUACGGAAGUUCAGCCCCAUACACGCUGCUCUCCUAUAAGCUUGCCCAUGAGGCAGGCACCCAUCGUCAUAUCUCAUCCCUUUCCCUGCACUCCACUCCGGUGAGGCCGGAGAGCUACCCCGUAAAGAAAUGUGUUUCAUUCAUUCAAGUGGCUCUCAUCGACAAAGCGACUCCCAUUAAAAUCCUCGUAUUCUCUAAAACUAAAGCUGGAAAUUUCAGGCAGAAAGUCUAUAUACAGCCGAAUGCUCCUGACGGCGCAGUCUUCAGCGUGAUCCUCGAAGACCCCGUGGUUUGCUUCAUCAAACCUUUUUUGCAGGCCCACGCCGCACCUCCGUCCACUGCGCAUUCGCAGUCGCCGAACGACGAAAGAGGCCGGUGGCGCGGCAGGUGUGCGGGAGUCGCCGUCGUGCUGCUGGGCGUCGCCGUCCUCGCCGUCGCCUUGGCGCUGCUCCUGCCGUCGCGCGCGGCGACCCCCGGCGCCGAUGCCGGCGUGUGCGUCACUAAAGGGUGCGUGGACCACACGGAGAACCUGGGCCUGCACCGCAAAGGGAGCGCCAUCGGACCCUGCGAUGACUUCGGCAAGUUCGUCUGUUCCCACUGGAUCCAAAACGAUAUCAAGGUAGUUCCGUCGGUGACCAUCUAUCGCAUGGGCAAGUGGCUGUACAAUCUGGCGCGCUCCCGAUGGUACGAGGCCACCGGCAACAGAGUCGCGGCGAGGGUGACGCGUCUCGUAGACGCCUGCAUGCAUCGGGAAUCCCACACCGGCAACCACCACGACGACGGCGUCCAGCAGCUCUUCGACUUCAUGACCGAAAAACUCUUCCCGUGGAUGCUGCACGACACCAAGAGCAGCGGCGACGGCGAUCGGAUACGAAACGACGGCCACCGUAUACGAGACGACGGUGACUACGCCUUCACGCUGGCCACCAUCGUCAACAUGUCCGUGGUCUGGUACCUGCCGCUCUGGUUUACCGUCGACCUUGUUGCAUCCUCGCCGGGACAUGGCGCCUCGCCAGCGCAGCGAUCCGUGAGCAUCAGCUCGACGAACGUGGUCGACAUCGCGCAGCGAGUACACCUAGAGGUCGAAGCGUACAAGCUCUACGAUGCGUACACGUCACUCUUGCUGGACGUCGUCUUCCGCGGAGGCGAGUUCGCGCCAGACUUCCGUUCCUUCCUACGCGACAGAAGCGCCGAAGUUCAGCGCGACGUCUUGGGAAAUCUGUCGUCGCGCUUCGUCGCCAGCCGUGUCGAGCCUCGUUUCCUCCAAAUGCGCCACCUGCCGGCGCUGGUGCCGAAGCUCGACGCUCGCGACUGGGUCGACGCGAUGCAGUCCGCGUUCGGGGCGAACCCGCCGCUCACCGAGGAGGACACGCUGUUCGUGACCGAUUCCGGGCUCCUGGACGCCGUGAACGUCCUCUUCGCUUCGUACACGGCCCGGGAAUUGACGUUUCACACGGCUUGGUGGUUCGUCCAGGUCAUCUCCGCCGUGACCAGCCACACGAUGCACGCGUUCUUCAUGGGGAACAAGGUGGGCGACGAAGCCUACCCUUUAGUCUGCGGAGCCCACACCGCCAUGGCGUACAACGUGCUGCUCGCCGGCGUCGACCACGGCACCGGCACAGCCUCCGCGAACCCGAGGUUGCCGGUGACGCAGCUCUUGAGCAACGUCCACCAGACGGCAGUCGGGAAGGUUCGGGCCUGGACGAGCGCGUUCGGUUCCCAAGCGAUCGGCGCUGUCAGCUCGCGCCUAGGCAGCACCACCACUGUAGUGUGGCCCGAAGGGAAGCAGAACGGGAGCGACGGCGCCUGGUGGGGGGAGGCACUGUACGGUCCCGACUACGACAACGCGACGCGCGGCUUCUUCGGGCACUGGGCCGAGAUUCGACGGCGAUUGCGGGCGUCCCUGAACACCGAUGCCUACCAAUCCAGCCUCCGCGUGUUCCGAUUACAGUCGCCCAACGUGGCCAGGUACGACGCCAUCUCGAACGCGAUUUCUGUCGGCGUCCAAGCAAUCACUGGGCCAUUCUAUGUGGCUGACGGAACGAGUGCCAUCAAUUACGGUGGCCUGGGCUUUCUCUACGCCUUGCAGGUGGCGCGAACCAUCAAUACACUGACGCUCCUGCUCGACGGCGAACGUACACCGUCGGCUUGGGUUCCUCCAGCCAGCGCGACCGACGCCAGCGGGACUCCAGGGCAGCAUAUGUGGAAGCUGGGCCGGUGCGCCUCCUCCGACGCGUCCGCCCAGUUGAAAUCACUCUACCCCGUACUUCCGGCGCUGGAAAUCGCGCACGACGCCUACAGGCGGUUCCGCAACGUCGCGCAGGACGUGCCCCUCAGGGGGCUGGAGGCCUACAGCGCCGAGCAGGUCUUCUUCCUGACGGCCUGUCACGUGACCUGCUGGACCAACAGCUCGGGGCACCGCAUGUCGCCGGAGUGCACCGACGCCAUGAGCCACUUCGCGCCGUUCGCCGAUGCCUUCGAUUGUCCGGCCGGUUCGCCCAUGAACCCGCACGACAGGUGCCGGUUUUUUUGAAGUGCCCACCCGAUCUCUGAAACGAUCGAUGAACGCUGGAAGAAAAAAAAGUACUGUUGUCGCUUCGCUUCCUUUUUCUUUCCUUGCAUUUUUCCAAAGCCGUGCUCCGUAGUUCUCGCUUAUCGUUUUCCUUAAUCAAAAGUCCGCGAAGCUGCUGGCCACGUGGUGUUUCAGACUAUCCGCACGUUGAAGCUUUGAAGAUACUGUAUUAACAAGCAGUACAGUGACAAGUAUGCGGCGUUGCUCUAUUUACUUCACGACAUAAGGCUGCUAGAUAAGGCGGCUACAUAAGGCGGGAGCCAGCCACGCUAGCCUCCUUGGAAGUUCAUGCCCAAGCGUCGGUACAAUAUAUUGGAAGCAAGAUUAUACAAGAUGCGACGCCAUAAAUUACCAGUACAUCUAAGAAACACUGAUCCUUGGGAAUGGGACGAAGGAGAAGAAAGGCCCUAGAAGAAGGUGGACAGAAGAAAAAAGGAAAAUUCAAAAAAAUGCAGGUCAUGUGGUGUUAUCAGUAGCAGGGUCCGAUGCGACGCAUGUGGAUGGUAAAUGUAAAAUAAAAUAAAAUCACAGUCUUGGUGACACGACGUGCGUGUCAUAGUUAAGACGGUGAACCGAUUGACUCAAUAUAUGAGAACAAGAAGUCCAGGGCUUUGCACUGUUCUGACGGGAAAGGCCAGGGACCCAGCAUCCGUGUCAAGGGGCCAAGGUCGAGCUUUUCCAUGUUCUUCUUACAUUGAUGUCGCUCGUCUCCAUAAACUGGGCACUCGAGCAAGGUGUGCUCUAGAGAUUCUACUGUGCCAGAGUUGCCACAUGGAUUUCUGGUUUGGCCGUUGCGGAAAAUAAGAUUGUGUGGUGCACCACUGGACCUUGCAGAGUGUAGGUACAGCUUGGUGCCCUAGAACCGGCACUUCCUGCACCAUUUAGUUUGUGGUGCCAUGCACCUCCUCUGAAUCGAACAAACAUAUUACUUCAGCUUGAGUGCACCAACUUCAUUAUCUGAAUUUAUAAAGACCUAGCUUGAAAAUAAAUUUAACUUAUAAAUUGGCAGUCUGUUUGCAUAACAAAAAAAAAAACAUACCGUUAGAAAAAUCAUACUGACAAACCAAACAACUGCAUCUUUAGGGAAAACUAGUUUCAGAAGUUGGCAGCACUGCGAUAUGAAAAAGUGGCAUUACUCGUAAACAAAACAUUGACUUCAAAAGAAAAGCACACAAUAAAUUGAUUUCAAGAACCCUUUUAACAAAUUGCUGCAUUGCAAGGAAUCAACAACAUUCUACGAAUAAUUUGUCGUCCCGAAGCAUCUUGCUUUGAUCCACAAUCUAUCACUGCCCUUCCUGGUCAACCUUGUGGCUUGACUACAGGGAAGGCAGACGCACAGCAAUGCACAAUUUACCAAACCAUAAUAUUAUUACGCAAUUAUUCUGCAUAACUAGCCUGGUUUUACAAAACUGGACAAACUAUGAUGUGAUCAACAUUGGUUGAAAAAGUGAAUGCUCAGCCUCGAUGGAUUGCUGCCAUAGUGAAGACAAGCCUUCUUGUUAGAACGCUAGUUCCAGGAUGAG